AUGUAUCGAUCCACAAUGAGUACCAAGACCGGAAAACGGGUCAACGUCAGGGUUGGCAAGCAAAUUGCCAUCGGGACGUACGCGUUCCCCUUGACCACCGCGGAGAAGAAGCGAUACGGGUCUAUGACGCACAGAUGGACCUGUUUGCUCCGGUCGCCGACCAACGAGAACAUGACCCACUACGUGAAGAAGGUCCAGUUCGACUUGGACCCAUCCUUCCUUAACCCUCGUAGGGUGUUGACUACUAUGCCGUACGAGGUUACUGAAGUGGGUUGGGGUGAAUUCUACAUCGGUGUGAAAAUCUUCUUCGUGGAUGAGUCGCUCGAGCCGGUGCAGCUUCAGCAUCUCUUGGUGUUAAAUCCGUCUGACAACUCCGGAUCUGGCUCGACGAGUGCGACGAACGAGACCUUCGACGAGAUCAUCUUCAACGAACCCUCCACCUGGUUUUACAAGCACCUCAUGUGUAGCAGCACCGACAUUGUGCCGCCGCACAAGUAUCAUGAACACUUUUGGGAUCACAGCAUGCGUGACAAGGAGACCACGUGCCGCUAUAUCUGCUGUCAGUCCUACUUCCAGAAUGAGACUUACAGACUGCUUGCCGAGGCGUCAGAGCUUUCUCGCCAGAUCCAGUACCUCCAGGAAAAGGCGAACGUUAUCAAGAACCCGACCAUUCUCACGAAGGCUAACCCCAACAAGCCAACGGUGAUUGGAAUCAAGAACGUCUGCUCCACACCGACAACCGUGCCGCAGGACGCGCCGGCGAAGCGCGAUGCUCUAGACAGCAACUCGCCCGAGUCCUCCAUUAUAUCGUCGUACGACCCCAAGCUCGCGUCGCUGUCCCCCUCCGCCACGGGUGUCUCGUCCACCCCGUCCGUGGCCGCCGAGGAGAAGUUGCAGUUGGAUGACAAGGAGUUUGGCGACUCUGCCGACGGGACCUGA